AUUACUGGUGAAAGUAGUUUCCAUAAAAAAACGGAAUAUCUAAAAGCAAAAAAAAACAAUGUCCGGUAGCAAGAUCGAUAAGAUGGAUCAUGAUGGGGAUACCAGGGACUUUAUGCGGGGCUAUCACAGCGAGCAGGAUGAGAAGAUGAAGCCGAAAACCUCGUUCGAUAAGCGUGAAGAUCUGGCUACGGCGAUCCUGAAGCGCAAGGACCGUCCAAACCGACUGAUUGUGGAGGAGGCGCAGAAUGAUGACAACUCUGUGGUGUCGCUGUCGCAGGCGAAGAUGGAUGAGCUGCAGCUCUUCCGUGGCGACACCGUGAUUCUGAAGGGCAAGCGCCGAAAGGAGACGGUGUGCAUCGUGCUCUCGGACGACACCUGCCCCGACGAGAAGAUCCGCAUGAACCGCGUGGUGCGCAACAACCUGUGCGUCCAUCUUUCAGAUGUGGUUUCCGUGCAGUCAUGCCCGGACGUCAAGUACGGCAAGCGGGUGCGCAUCCUGCCCAUCGACGACACCACCGAAGGCGUCACCGGCAACCUUUUCGAGAUCUAUCUGAAGCCGUACUUCCUAGAGGCCUAUCGGCCAAUCCACAUGGGAGACAACUUCAUUGUGCGCGCAGCCAUGCGUCCUAUUGAGUUCAAAGUGGUGCUGACCGAUCCGGAGCCCUACUGCAUUGUGGCUCCCGAGACGGUAAUCUUCUGCGACGGUGAUCCGAUCAAGCGCGAGGAGGAGGAGGAGUCCCUAAACGCAGUCGGCUACGACGAUAUCGGUGGUUGCCGCAAGCAGCUGGCCCAGAUCAAGGAAAUGGUGGAGUUGCCUUUGCGUCAUCCAUCGCUCUUCAAGGCCAUCGGUGUGAAGCCACCGCGCGGUAUCCUUAUGUACGGUCCCCCGGGUACCGGUAAGACCCUUAUUGCCAGGGCUGUGGCCAACGAGACAGGAGCCUUUUUCUUCCUGAUUAACGGGCCGGAGAUCAUGUCCAAGCUGGCCGGAGAGUCAGAAUCGAAUCUGCGCAAGGCCUUCGAGGAAGCCGAGAAAAACUCGCCAGCCAUCAUCUUUAUCGAUGAGAUUGACGCCAUCGCCCCGAAGCGUGACAAGACCCACGGCGAGGUGGAGCGUCGCAUUGUUUCGCAGCUUUUGACCCUGAUGGACGGCAUGAAGAAGAGCUCCCAUCUGAUCGUUAUGGCUGCCACUAACAGGCCCAACUCCAUCGACCCGGCCCUGCGUCGCUUUGGACGUUUCGAUCGUGAGAUAGACAUCGGCAUUCCAGAUGCCACUGGUCGACUGGAGGUGCUGCGCAUUCACACCAAGAACAUGAAGCUGCAUGAUGAUGUUGACUUGGAGCAGAUUGCUGCUGAAACCCAUGGACAUGUCGGCGCUGAUCUGGCCUCACUCUGCUCUGAGGCUGCCCUUCAGCAAAUCCGUGAGAAGAUGGACCUUAUCGAUUUGGAUGAUGAUAAGAUCGAUGCCGAAGUGCUGGCGUCCCUGGCCGUGACAAUGGAGAACUUCCGCUACGCUAUGACCAAGUCCAGUCCAUCGGCUCUGCGUGAAACUGUUGUGGAGGUGCCCAACACCACCUGGACAGACAUCGGAGGUCUGGAGAGCGUCAAGAAGGAAUUGCAGGAGCUGGUGCAGUACCCAGUGGAGCACCCGGACAAGUUCUUGAAGUUUGGCAUGCAGCCCAGUCGCGGUGUCCUUUUCUACGGACCCCCUGGUUGCGGUAAGACGCUGUUGGCCAAGGCCAUUGCUAACGAGUGCCAGGCGAACUUCAUCUCAGUCAAGGGUCCCGAGCUGCUGACCAUGUGGUUCGGCGAGUCCGAGGCCAAUGUGCGCGACAUCUUCGAUAAGGCCCGCUCGGCGGCUCCUUGUGUGCUCUUCUUCGACGAGCUGGACUCGAUCGCCAAAGCGCGUGGCGGUAAUGUCGGCGAUGCAGGCGGCGCCGCUGAUCGUGUGAUCAAUCAGAUCCUUACCGAAAUGGAUGGCAUGGGAGCCAAGAAGAACGUGUUCAUUAUUGGAGCCACCAAUCGUCCCGACAUUAUCGAUCCGGCAAUCCUCCGUCCGGGCCGUCUGGAUCAGUUGAUCUAUAUUCCACUGCCCGACGACAAGUCGCGUGAGGCAAUCCUUAAGGCUAACUUGCGCAAGUCGCCGCUGGCGAAGGAAGUAGACCUUACCUACAUCGCCAAGGUGACGCAGGGCUUCUCUGGCGCCGAUCUGACCGAGAUCUGCCAGCGGGCCUGUAAACUGGCCAUCCGGCAGGCCAUCGAGGCUGAAAUUCGACGCGAAAAGGAGCGCGCCGAAAACCAGAACUCGGCGAUGGACAUGGACGAGGACGAUCCAGUGCCGGAGAUUACCAGCGCCCACUUCGAGGAGGCCAUGAAGUUCGCUCGUCGUUCGGUGUCCGAUAAUGACAUCAGGAAAUACGAGAUGUUUGCCCAGACUUUGCAGCAGUCCCGUGGAUUCGGACAGAACUUCAGAUUCCCCGGUCAAACCGGCAACACCUCAGGAUCUGGUAACAACUUGCCAGUUAACUCGCCAGGCGACAACGGCGACGAUGAUCUUUACAGUUAGAUUCCUAGUUUUACACCACAAAACAAAACCACAAAAAGGAACUUUUUAAAUGAAUUUUUUUCCGUAAAACCGAGCAAGCAAAACAAAUCCCAUUCGCAUCCUGGAGGCGGUAAUUUACUACAGCAACCAUUGGCUAAGACAUUCAGCCGACGGCGAAAUCAGAUGACAUACCCGAUUCAAUAUUCACUUUUUUUGAUACCAUCCUUAUUCUUGGUCACGAAUCCGUGCAGCAGGAUAAGGUUCUAUCUUGGAUUCGGGCUUGCCUAAUCCAAAACCAUUUUAAUUGGCGACCAAUUCCACGCCUCACACUAAUCAUUCGUGCAUUGUCGGUAGUGUGGCUCCGAUAUAUGAGUUUCUAUAAACAUAAUUAUAAACGAUACACAUACACACAUACAUUUAAAGAUAAAUACAUAUAUUAAACACCGUAAAAUUAUAAGUGUAUUUGGAGCUACGUUUUUAAGUGAAUAAAAAUUAUAAAUUCAAUAAAA